AUGUCUGAAUCACCAGCUGUUUCACAGUCCACAAAUAUGUCCGACCUUCUGCCCACCAAUUUCAUCGGGACCACUAUGAGCGCACUGCAACACGAUGAUGGGAAACUCUGUGUCUACUUUCAAAACAAAGACUACCAAAUCUAUGAAAUGUUGUUGAAUGACCUGAAGAGCACGAGCUAUACCCUGCUCAAACUCACUAACAGCAACAUACCUGCUGCUUGUAUCAACACGCCCAUUGCAGCCGUGGCAAGUAACAACUUACAGGAGAUUCGUGUUUAUUACAUCACUGUGAACAGCCAUGUGCAGGAGCUUUGUUACUCCCAGCACCAUGGUUGGCAGAAAGACACGAAUAUUGGCACUGCUGUUGAGAACAGCACCUGCUUGUAUGCACAAGGCUGGUUCAUUCCCAAUGAUACCUCGCUCAGGGUCGGGUUCCAGUCCAUGACUGCUCCCCAGACCAUCACAGAAGGUUACUACACUGUGAAAGAUGAAUGGAAGACCCGUGUACUCUAA